AUGCCACGUCGACCCACAUAUGAAAAGAUGAUUGAAGAUGCAAUCCUUACUUUAAAUGAACGUAGAGGAAGUAGUCGUCAAGCAAUAAAAAAAUAUCUAUUUGAAACAUAUGAACUUACAGAUAUUCCUGCUACUUAUACCAGAAUUAACACGGCUAUCAGAAAAGGCGUUGCAAAUGGAAAAUUUAAAUAUUCAAAAGGUCCUAGUAGUAAAAUUGGAUUGGUCAAAAAACCCAAACGUGCGAAAAAGGAAACUGAAAUGGAAGAAGUCAAAACUACUACUAGAUCAAUGAGAUCUCGAUCAUCAAUGACAGCUGUUAGCGUUAGUCCACAUCAAAGUGAUCGUGACUAA